CAGAGGUUGAUCCCACUAUACCAGCUUCAUUUGGUACAGCAGCUUUUCGUUUUGGGCAUUCUCUUUUACCGAACACUAUGCAGAGAAGAAGUUCAAAUCACAAGUUAACUGGUGAGAGGAAAUUAAGUGAAAUGCUGCAACAGCCAUUUGACCUAUACAAACCAGGAUGGGUAGACGCUUACGUAUUGGGCUUGGUAAACCAAAUAUCACAACCAAUGGACCAUUCAGUAACUGCUGAGGUAACUAAUCAUUUAUUUCAAGAACCUGCUCGAGAUUUUGGGAGAGAUUUGGCUGCAAUAAAUUUGGCCAGAGCGAGGGAACAUGGUAUACCAGGCUAUAUGGCGUAUAGGAAGCAUUGUGGGCUAGACGAUAUGGACACGUGGCAAGAUAUGUGGAGUUUUCUUCCUAAUGGAACUGUUUCUGAAUAUCUCAAAAUUUAUGAUGACCCAGAUGAUGUAGACCUGUGGUCAGCUGGUGUCUCAGAGCUCCCAGCGCCGGGAAGUAUGCUUGGUCCAGUUUUUUCAUGCAUAAUAGCAACAACAUUUAGAGAUCUUAAAAAAGGUGAUCGUUUCUGGUACGAGAAUCCUGGAUUCGUCAGCUCAUUUACAUUGCGCCAGUUAAGAGAAAUAAAAAAAUAUUCCUUGGCAAGGCUUCUGUGUAAUUCUGGAGAUAAUAUUGAAACUAUACAGAUGAAAGUGAUGUUGCUACCUGAUUACGAUGACAAUCCACGAGUUUCUUGUAAAACUGAAGAAAUACCAGACAUCAAUCUUAAUUAUUGGAAAGAAUCACUAACUUACGCUGAGAAAGACCAAGAAUAUCCAGCCGAACCACCUCCUAUCACAACCAGUAACAACAAAGGUUAUCUUCCGCCAAUUACCCACAAACCAUGGAGUGUGACCAGUGAGAAACUGCCGAAUAAAUACACUCUUCAAGACAGCUAUGAAGCCGACCUAGAAAAGGAAGUGCCUCCAGAAUAUAGCGAGGGUGAAAGUGAGAAAGUCACCGAACAGUAUUUCUUGAAUCCUUUAAAUCUAGACGAUCUGAGUCCACCUUUCCCCGAUUUAUUCGAUAUUAAAGAUAAAUAUGCUAUUUCAGAAGAAUCAUAUUACGGGAUAGUUCCUAAUGAAGAAAAGCUUGAAAGCGUUGAAGAAAAUGAGAGCUUGAAAACUGAAAAAUUAUCCAACACAGAUUACGGUUAUCUUCCCCCCUCCGAGCAACAAGAUUAUCCAAUAAAAGAUAUUUUGAAUGAUGGUUAUACUCCCAGCUAUGGAGUGAAUGAGAAACUACAAACAUCUCACGGAACUACACAACACCCGUCCACAAAGAAACUUGAUUUAGUCGAACAGCCACCUGUUCAUGAUCACACUUAUUAUUUGAAUAACAAAAAGUACACAAGCAGUGGGUAUAAACAAACAACUCCUUCAACUAUUACAGACUAUUAUUCACAAGAGUCUUACCAUUAUGAUGCACCAAAUAAAGGAAGUGAUUAUAAUACCAACAAAUAUGAUCACCGGGUACCUAUCGAUACAGGUUUAGUUCCUCCUCCUGAAGAGAAACCAAUAGAUACCAGUUUGGUUCCUCCCCACUAUCAAAAACCUAACCAUUCAUCAAUAAUUGAGAACGUUAAUGAAUUAAUUGAGAAAUAUGGAAACCAAAACAAUUCUCAAACGGAAAAAACAUAUGAUGGUUAUUCAUACAAUAAACCUGCUGAAGAAGUCAAAACGAGCUAUGGUAAAACUACCGAAGAAUGUUUGACCGUAAAUGAGAAAGAAAUAAGUAUUACUUCAACACCAGCAUAUAUUCAAGAUAGUUAUUCGAUAACGGAAAUUACAACAAAGCCCGCAAAUUUGGAAGAAGAAGAAUAUACUAUAUUAAAGGCACCAGAGAAGGAAGAAUACACGAUAUUAAAACCACCUGAGAAAGAAGAAUACACAAUAAUAAAACCUCCAGAGGAAGAAGAAUACACAAUAAUAAAACCUCCAGAGGAAGAAGAAUACACAAUAUUAAAACCUCCUCAGGAAGAAGUUGAAAGAAUCGAGGCAAAAAGUAUUGUCAAAACUUUAAUUGAAUAUACUGCUGAUGAAACAAAUAGUUCGACAAGUGAAACCAAAGAAAAUAUUCAAACCAAUGUAAUAAAAAAUGAUAAAUUUGAAUGAGGCAAGAAAUCUGCUAUUUCAAGUAAAACACUUACAUUAAUAACACAUAUUAUGAAACAGUCAACUCUCAAUAACUCAAAUUUCAAGAGAAUGGGACACCACUUUGAUUAUAGUUUGAGUAGAAAAGUUUUUGCACAUUGCCAGUUCUAGAGAUAAAAUAUUUUUAUUGAAUUUACUUAAAUAAAAAGAAAUUGAAGUUCUAUGGUGGAAAUAACUAUAUUUUCAUUCAGCAUUUCGAUGAAUAAAAAGUGAUACCUGUCAUUUGUACAUGCAUUGUAAUAAUCUUCCUGUGUUAAAUUGUACAUAGAUUAUUUGUUAUAAUAUCAAAGGACAUCUGUCAUUUUAGAAAGUCAAUUUUUGUUUCAUAGGUUCAACUCAAACUGUUUCUGAUGAUUUAAUUUAAGAAUGUAAAAGUUGAACUACAAAAAUAAUCAUUAGAAUUGGUCUAAAUUGAAUCUAUCUUUCAAAAAUUAUCUUUUUCUCAAGUUUUAAAAGAUUACAGAUGUCCGACAUUGAUAUGAGGUCACUUUUAUUUAGGAUUAUCAAAAAUAUUUUUGUAUUUUGAUAUGCCUCAAUAAUAUCAUGUAGCAAAUUUUUCUUAUUAUACCAUUUUACAGUUACAUGUUCUUCUAUUGGUUUAUUUCUAUGAUUUAAUUUUCUAGUAUAAUUAUUUUCAAAAUGUUCUUUGCUUUUGGGCUCUUUAAUGAUUUUAUUAAUUUGGUCUUAUAAGGAAUUCUGCAAAUUUUAGAGGUGCUUACGUUUUUGUUUAGAUUUGAAAUGGUAAAUUUCCUCUUAAGUCGUGAUGGGAAUUUUCUCAAAAGAGAUAUUUUUUGAUAUUUAAAAAUUUGAGUUCUUGAGUUUUGACUGAAAAUAAAUAAUGCUUUAAAUAAAAUUGUAUUAUUUUUCUAUUUUUUAUCCAUACAAGGGACAGUUUUUAGGUUCAAAUAUUUUUUUGAAGUUAUUUAUUUUGUUUUAGUAGUCAUCACUGUUAAUAAUUCUCUAUAAGUUAUAGUCCAUAUAACCAUACUAUUAUACUUUUCUUUAAAGAAUUUUAUUAUUCAUAAUGAUUUUUUAACCUUUUGAUUCAAUAAUUAUUCUUAUAAAUAUUUGUUCAUUUGGAUUUAAAUGAUCUACACCAUAAUAUUUUUUAAAAAGAAUAUUGUAAACUGCAAAAGUUAUUUAUUCAGUGUCCACUCAACUAAUAUGUCAUUUUCAAUAAAAGUUAAUAUAAUAAAUUGGCAAUGUUUUUUAUCCAUAGAAUAAAGGUUUGUAUGAACUGUAUUUAGAUUAAGAAAUAUAAAAAAAUGUUGUAUUUAGUUAUUUAUAGUUUGUAUGACUUUAACAUUAAGAAAACAGAAGUUUUAAUGUGCUUUCUCUAACAAAAGUGAAAAUUUGUAAUUACACUUUCAUUGUUUUUGUUUGAUUUAAGUAUAAUAAUUGAUAAAUAUUUUUGUAUUAUGGUAUUUAGUUAACUGUGAUCUAUCAUUUUUAAUAUUAUUAUUUAGUUCACAGCUUCUUUUUUUAUGAGUAAUUUUUUGUCGGUAAAUGUUAAUUUUAAUUUAUAUAAAACAUAAUUUAUUGAUUAGUUCAAAAAUUAAUUUACUGGUAAAUUGUAUAAAAUAAUUUUAACUGUAUGUACUGCAAGGAAAAUUAUUAAUGUCAGUAUUUCUUCAGGUUUUUAUCUUUUAUGAUGUGAAAUGAAAACAAAAUUGUAGAUAUUUCAUUUUUUUAAAGAAGAUUUUUGUAACAUUUUAAAGUACCUGACGGCUGUUUAUUUUAUAUUAACAAUGCUCAUCUUUAUUGCUAAGUUGGAUAGUUUAAGAAAAGGUGACUUUUUUUAAAUAUUGUGUUUUUUUAUUUAGGUGUAGUAUUUCCAAAUUAAUUAAUUAAUUGUAACUUAAAAUGUGACU